AUGAGUGCUACAAGUAAGUGUAUGUUAAUUUAUAAUUUAGUAUGCUGUUACUUAUGGACAGUAAUUUUGUUUACGUCUUUACAAUACGUUUUUAAUAAAGAGAAAUAUCCUAUAACUACCUUCUGGUCAAAUUAUAAAAACAUAAUAACGAUAACACAAUCGCUCGCCAUCUUUGAAAUUUUUUUUACAAUAAUUGGAAUCAUCAAUUCAGUUGUAAGUAUUGUCACAAUACAAGUGUUCAGCAGAUUAUUUGUUGUUUAUUUAAUUUUUAAUUUUCUUCCUAAUACCAACAAAUGGAUUUUAUCAUGCUUAAUUGCUUGGGCUAUUAUUGAUAUCAUUCGUUAUCUUUUCUACUCUUUGAAUAUACUCAACUUGCGUUUUAACAUUCUUGCAUCCUUAAGAAAAAAAUUACCGCUAAUACUUUACCCGAUAGGCAUAACCUCAGAAGUUGUUUGCACCUUAGCAAGUUUGAAUAAUAUUUAUGCCACCCCAUUUUUAAGAACUUAUCCUUAUUCUAUGCCUAACAAUAUAAAUUUUCAAAUAGACAUUUAUUAUUUUUGUAUUGUCGUUUUGAUUUUGUAUAUCCCUGGAAGUAUUCUUCUUUAUGCUACUGCUGUGAGAAAAAGCAAACAAAAAAUUCCCAUCCCAGAAAAGA